AUGUCUGUUACUGAGGAUCUAAACAUUUCUAAUAAAGAAUUUAACCCAUCUGAUAUAGAAUCUAGUUCAUUUGAUAUUAAUGAAGAAACUUCUGAAUCUACAAGCUCGAUUACGACAUCCUUCAAACAACUAAUCACAAAGCUAAUAAUAAACCAUCACCUACUUAAAACUUCGACAGGUGUUUUGGCAGAUCAUCUUAACAAACAGCAUAAUUGUAAUGUUGUCUUAAAUCAUAAAC